CUGUUUAUUCUCGAAAGGUUUUUUUUUUCUCUUUCCCUUUUUAUCAUUCGUCUACUUUUUUAUUAUUAUUAUUAUUUAUAUAUCCAUGUCAUUAUCAAGAUCUUUGAUCACUCUUAGUCGGACUCAUUUUCAACACAAAUCCCCUUGUUUACGGUUGGGCAAUACAAGACGAUGGAUGGCAACACAACACAACACACAUAACAAAACCAGUAAUGCUUCAGCAGGGAUGUACACAGCAGCAGUGUUUAUUGGCAUGCUGGGGAUAUCAUAUGCAGCCGUACCAUUGUAUCGUCUCUUCUGUGCCAGUACUGGAUAUAGUGGUACUGUACAAACCGACAAGAGCAAGUUCUCACCCGAUCGAUUGGUGCCUACCCAAGUACCUCGCCGAAUUCGGAUUACAUUUGAAAGCAAUACAUCGGAUGCUUUACCCUGGACAUUCAAACCUGAACUACGCGAUAUCCAUGUGGUCCCUGGCGAAACUGCUUUGACGUUUUACAAGGCCAAGUCCCAUGCUAAAGAAGAUGUGGUAGGAAUUGCCACGUACAAUGUCACACCUUACCGAGCUGGUAACUAUUUCAACAAGAUCCAAUGUUUUUGCUUUGAAGAACAACGUUUGGCCCCUGGUGAAGAUAUCGAUAUGCCUGUCUUCUUCUUUAUUGACCCGGAUUUCUUGGACGAUCCUUAUAUGAAGGAUGUAUCCACCAUCACCCUUGGUUAUACGCUCUUCAACGCUAAACAAGCUCCACACCUGGCCCCUGUCAACAAUACCUCUUCGCAACCAACGACAACGUCUUGAUGCAAACACUUGAACUGGAAAUAAAUAUCAAUGUAUAGACAUAUGUAUGAUAGUUUAGAUAGUAAUAUAGAUUAGUUUGGGUUUAUGGAUGAAUCAUUAGACGGAUAUAUAUAUUCUUUUUUUUUUAUUGAAAUAAACAAAUCAUAUUUGUGGAUGUGGUUGAAUAGAUAUCAAA